AUGCCUUCGGAUCUCAGGCCAAAGCAGGGGAGAAAUAGAUCCAAGAACCGCGCUUUCCUCCGUAGAGCACAUUGGAAGAUGGCAGUUGCUGAUAGCCGGUACAGAAGAGAGAAUCCUGCCCUCAGGGUGUAUCCAGGAGUUCCAAGUUCUGGCCAGGGGGUCAACAUGGCGGCUGGCCCUCAGUUUGGCUUCUGCUCUGCAGUACGUCAGUGUCUGCAAAAUAUGUGGGCCCAGAGGCACUUGGGCCUGUUUUUGCUUUUACUCUGGACUCUGGCGAUCCUGUUCUAUCUUGUGAGCACUGAGAAGUUGCAAAAUCACAGUAAAGCUCCAGAACAUGGAUCCAACUGGGAAUUUCUGUUGAACUUUUUCUUUCCAACAACAUGCAUCAUAAGGGAGAAUCAGAAGGUAGUAGCUUGUAAUAACCAGCCAUAUCUUAGCAAGACUGAAUGUUUAAGAUUCAAGUGCUGCUUUUCAUCAUCUGGGACCAAAAUGAGGUGCUAUGCCCCACUAAGAGACAAGCCUACACAGAUGCUCCGGGUAUUUGGAUUCGCUAUGACCAGCAUGGUAAUCCUUGGAUUUCUUCCUAUGUAUUGUUGCUCUCUUUGCCGGAGGAGGUAG